GGGCCACUAAAUCUCCCUGAAUCUCCAGAUGUGACCUUACCCAAGUGAGUUUCCCCAAGAGGUCUGCUUAUCUUAAGUUGUUACAAUUAAAACUUAAAACGCCACUCAGACUGGCGCAGCCUAGCAGAAUAUAAUGGAAUCAAUUACCAAAUGCGUUUUAACGCAUCAAACGCGGAAAAGCGCCCGUGUUUAAGGGAUUGUAAGCGGAGCGCUAUGGAGUGACUAGUGAUUAGCAUCCGUGAAUAACCUGAAGGUUCCUGGCAGUACGAGGUGCCAAGCUCAGCUCCAGGGCACUUGGGCGAGAAGCUUCCCAUUUGCUACAGAAAGCUGCUGUUGGGUAGAAACCAAUGCAAGGGGUGCUGGGAGGUGAGUCGGAGGAAUCCCAGUGGGAGUACAAGGAGGAGGGUAACUGCACCGUCGCUCCACCCCUCGUGGUCAGAGAAGGACUUGAGAGUCACUUUCGGUUUAGCAGGAAUGAUUAGCGCCCGUACUGCACGUCCCGGGGGAAGAGAAGAGCCAUCCAUUUAACUGGAGCAGUCUCGUAGCACUUCUGUCCUGCUGUCACCUGUACGGCCCGAACUCAUUCCCAGACCACGUGGAUCAAGCGCUGACAGGAGUCUCUCUACAUCGCAAGCGCUUUGCCUACUGGGACAGAGGAAGGGAAGAUCUGUAGGGUCCCACGGUGACUCCGGUCCUGGGCCAUGUGACAGGCACAUGUGUGUGCUGUGAGCCAGUGGUCUCCCCCGUGUGCUGUGAGCCAGUGGUCUCCCCCGUGUGCUGUGAGCCAGUGGUGUCCCCGGUACUACUCGGUGCUACAUGCAGAGGACACUGCAGGACAAGAAGUGGAUCGUCUCUAUUGUCUUUACAUAACAGAUCUCGGCAUGGGAACCGUGUGCUGUGUGUAUAUUGGCGGGGAUCUGCCGCACACAUCACCCUGAGCACCCCCUCCCCCACCAGGGAUCUCCCUACUUGGAGUCGCCCUCUCAGUGCUGGCCUCUAGCUCAGCGGUCACAUCACAUGUAAAGUAACUGCCUUCUGUGUGUGUGUCUCCUGCCGGAAAUGAUGAAGGGUUAAAGCGUUCUUUAUUUUGAGGGUUGGUUUCCUCCCUUGAAGAACUCAUGCAUUGUUAUGGCUUGAAGCACCAUGGGGCUUCGGAAGGAACACAGCUUCUCCAGCAGGUGUUCAUAUGGGUUAAAAUGUGUGCAUGCAAGAAGGCUAUGCAUCCUACAGCAACUUAGCAAUGGAGAGCGAUAACAAGCAUACCACAACUGCUUCAGUCACUGCAAUGAAUGGGGACACUAUACAGCCUGAGAGUUCAUCUGUCCCACAAGGCUGGAAUGAGUUCUGCAAGCUCCACGCUAUCUCCACGGCAAGGGAGUUGGCAAAGCAGUAUUGGUUAUUCGCUAACCAUAAUCCACAACAUGACAUUCUGGCAGCAGAGAUCUUCUCUUUGCAUUUUGCAGAUCUUUUCCAGCAGUAUUUCAGGAACGAGGUGAGGGAAAGCUGGGGUAUGGACCAAUACAAAUUUUUCCCCUUCAGCAGAGUCAAAGAUUAUAGAGAGACGGGUAGGAGGCCAUCAGACGAUCCUUCCAGUACGGUUGCAGCAAAGGUGGAGGUAGAAUUUACAGCACAACAUGAACAUACCGAUCAGACUGUUUCUGACACUUCUGUACAACUUGCACCAAAAACAUGGAGCUCUGAAGAACUUCGACCGUGCAGCAAUACCCCAGCUGCAAGAUCCUUUAUCCGAUAUUCCCUAGCCCAGUUUAGGAGAAGCAUUAGAAAUAUAUUCAGUAGAAAGUCGGCAGAUUCUACUCCUCCUGAGACCAGGGUAGCAGAGACAGACUCUACAGAGCCACCACCCUGGCAAGGCUUGCAUAAACGGAUUUUGCCUUGGACUAUUACCCGGGAGCCGGCAACUGAAAUUCGCAAGGAAAGCCAGUUAAAUUACAGCAUGGUGGAUGAGAACUGCAUGGAUGGUGGGACUUCUUGGCAGAGAUGCCGUUUAGUUUUACGAAAAUCUGGGACUUUGGAGAGUGAUGAGUACCUUCUGGAGUUAUUUGAUCCUCCAAAGUGCUCUAGAACAAAGCUAAAGGUUUCGUGCUGCAGGAUCCAGGAGAUCAGGAGAUGCAGUCGCCUAGAAAUGCCUGACAAUGCCAACACCUUUGUGCUCAAGGCAAAUGCAACUGAAGUAAUUUUUGAAGCAGGGGACGACCAGCAGUUGAAUUCUUGGAUAUCUGAAAUAAAAGAGUGCAUAAAUCACUGGUCGGAGGAGAGUGAAGGAGAGACACAGCCGCCCUCUCAUUCAGACACAGCCAACCAGAGUCCCAGCAGUGGCAGUACUGACUCCAUUACACAAGGAGCUUCUGUGCCACCAGAACAAUGUUGCCACAAAACUGACCAUUUUCUGGCUUCCUCGCCCUGGUUCCAUGGGCCCAUCUCACGGGUCAAAGCGGCUCAGCUUGUCCAGUCCCAGGGAGUUGAAGGGCACGGUGUCUUCCUUGUUAGACAGAGUGAAACAAAAAGAGGGGACUACGUUCUCACAUUUAAUUUUCAAGGAAGGGCAAAGCACUUGCGCCUCACACUUACAGAUUGUGGUCAGUGUCAUGUUCAGCACCUCAGUUUUCUGUCUGUGUUGGAAAUGCUUCAGUACUUCCGAUUACAGCCAAUUCCACUGGAGUGCGGAGCAGCGUGUGAUGUGAAGUUGUCUGGUUAUGUGGUAGCAGGUGUUCAGCCUCAUGAGCUGGGCACAUCCGUCUGUACUUCAUUACUGUUCCCUUUGGCCCUUCAGCACUCCAGCUUAGAGCGCAGUGUCUCCCAGUUCUCUUCCCCAAGUCCUCUGAGACAUCAGUACACCGAGGAUUUCCACCACUUGUCUUUCCCAGAGCAGAUCUUCCACCGCAUACCACCGCCCGAGGAACUAAACCGAAGUUUCUUGAGGAUGGAGGCUAGCGGGGCACAAUCUAGCUCUCACAGAGAGUCGGAGUAUGAGCUGGAUUCUCCAUCCCGGAGCCAUAUGCGAGCAAUAGACAAUCCUUACACUCCCUUAUGACAGUAGGGCUUUGUUGGUGGAAUAUGGAGCUGGCGCUUUUACUUCAGAAAAAACAGAUCAUCACAGCCUAUAUGUUGAUCAAACCAAGAAUGUAACUUUUUCUAUUUUUUCAUGGGUUAAAUUGUAAGCCCUCAUUGGGUGUUAUUCUAUUAGGCCUGUUAAAGGGCCCAGCUUUCUGCUGCCCGUGCUGGCUUGCGCUAGCCUCUGAUGCAGUGAAAGGUUAGUUUUAAUAAGCUUUUUGUUUACAAGGUGUAGUCAUAUCUUCCAUGCUCAGAAGGUACUUGCAAAAUGUAACUUGGGGUGCUUCCUGGCACCUCCUCGUUGUGCAGACAAUCCUGCAGUAAUGUUACAGUGUGAGCACACACAACAUUAUUACUUUGCCCUCUAUGGCUGGGCUUAAUAAUUCUAUUUUUCUAAUUGUACAUUGGGAAGCAUGCAAUAAGCAUUAAUUUCAUUCUUCUGCCUUGCAGAGCUUUCUACCAUCCUCCCAAGUGCCUUGUACUUCAGCAUUACAAUCUGAAAAGACUGACUGUCAACCCAACAGGACGUUAAAGGACUUUUCAUUUUAUAUAUAUAUAUAUAUAUAUAUGAAAAAAUAUUUAAUAAUUAUAACCAAGUUACCUCUAGAUUUCUAUUUGAAAAUAUACUUCUCUUAUGCUGCUUAGUACUGUUGGGUCAGUUACCCGCCAGUCUGGUGAGUGCAGCGGCAGAAAAGGUUUGUUCUUAUAAUUGUUGUUCUUUUCCUAUUACUGCAGCUGGUCAGCCACAAAAUGGCUUCCACUGUUAUUACCAGUACACUUAGAUUGCUCCUUGGUUCUCCUUGGUUGUGCCAUGGAAAAUUACAGAAUAUUUUAAAUUUGCUACUUCAUUCAUGUUUGUGAAAGCCAUGCCCAGCCAGAACAAUGCCACAGUCUAUACACUAUGGUUUUACAAGAUAGAAAUGAAGCACAUUGAGAAAAAAUUGGACCAUUUUAAUUUAUUUUAAAAAUCGUCAUUUGUGUCUCAGAAGUGACACUUGUCCCAAGCUGAUGUCGCAUUUCAACUCUUACAGUGUAAUUGGAAUAAUGUGAUUGGUUGUAUUGCACCCCCCAUGAUGACUUAGCUCAUGAAUAGAGGAAAUGCCAUGAACAGCAUUUUUAAAGGGAUUAAGUUGGAUUAGUCAAUUGAUUUGUGUUUAGUUAGUACCUGUUUAUGUAAAAGCCAAGACCAGCUGCAUUAGAAGAGUUGAUGUAAGUCCCUAGUGUGCCAGUCUGAGCAGAUUUAUACUGUGGUGCCUUGUGAGACGUAACAAAUGCCUUGCUACAAUAAUGCAUUGAAGCCAUAUGAGACAUUCUACCCAAAAAUGCAUAUGAAGUAUUCCUCGGAUGGCUAAAAAUCGCUCCAGGGCCAGUUCCCUAUACAUUGCAGUAAUAUAACCCAGUUUGUAAUUGCAUCUGCAUUGCGUUUCAGAGGAAAAUGCUGAAAGAAGUAGUAAACCUUUAAAGUAAUUAGAAAAGUCCUUAGAACUGCACUGUCACCAAGUUUACAAUUAUUUUGUAAAAUAGAUAUUAUGGGGAAAAUGUGCUGUUAAUAUGAAUGAAUUUUGUAACAACAGCGCCACCUGCUGGUCGGUUUCAACCAUGAUCCAGUCAAGGAAGUUGUCAGAAGAAGGAGACAGCUGAUCUGAUGAUCCUCUGGUUAGGAAAACAUUAGAAACCACAGGUAACACUCCUCACGUCUUUUCCUGAACGGAAGAUCAAACCUUGUUUUAAAGGUUUACAUAUACUUGACUUGUACCACCAGAGGGUGCUCCUCUGUCCGGAGUAUAAGUUAGUAGGUUGAGCGCUCUCUGUGCCCCCCCCCUACAGUAAAUACUUUGUCAUUUUUUUUGCCUAGGACUCCAGCAUCAUUGAGAACAUGUAAAUCCUUACUGCUCCCAGGGUCAGAUACUGUAUCUGUCCUGUGCUCCCCUAGGCUACCUAUCUAAUUUUGCAGACCCCCCCCCCCAGCUUGCUUUUGCAAAGUAAGCUCCCACUUGCACUGUCAUCCUGGCCCGAGGAGAAAAGGCAGCAGUUUGAAUGUCUCACCCAUUCCCCAGUGUAGCUACUACCUAUGCAGCCUGACUGCUCCCCUGUAUUAGCCAACAUCACUUACAGUUGCCUGAUUAUAUCCCCAUAAGUGGCGCUCCAAGCAUGUGAAAAAUGACCUCUCAUGCUGGGGUCAUUGUGAUCCAUUAGGUAACUAAGCUUGGUGCAUUUUAUCAGACCUGUGCGCCCACACUGGUCGCUCUUGUCAGGGCAUAAGAAACCCCAAGCACAAGCUCCAUGAGUCCAUAUAGGAAUUAUUGUGUAGUGCUAACAUGGCUGAACACAGAAGAAUUUAACAGAACAAAUGUGGGCACACGUGCAGUGUAGAACAGUUACUUGGAGAGAUAAAACACUACAGUAGGGAAACACAUUAGGAAAGAUUGUUCCCCUUGGAUGGAAGAAAACCUCCAUCCAAAUGUAACCUCAGUUUACCAACCCUUUCCUACACCCACGCCAGUCACUGAUAGAAUAACUUGCUGAUUUUUAGCCUGUGCCUCUCCAUUUCUUCAUGAAUAUAAAUCCCAAUAAGAUCCAGUUUUACUCUGUCCCCACAGGGCGGCCUUCCAAAUCCAAAUGUCAAAGAAGUCUGAAUCCUUUAUCUUGUCUGAAAGGAAAGUAACCUGCCAGCACAAAGGUUGGGUUGUGCCAGACAAGGCUUGGGCAAGCUCCGAGCAGUUGGGUGCAGUGAGGUAAAUCACAAGCAGAUAAUUACACUUUCACUUGCCCUCCUUCCGCCUCAACAUCAAUUGUGCCAGCACUUUGCUUCCAACGUGGCAUUGGCCAUUCAUUCUUGGCACAAGACGUUUGUUACCUCUCUGCCAGGGUCUCACCAAGAUCAGUAAGUCUGGCUACCCAACUUGGGUUUUACUGUAAUAAAAACCCUUUCCCCCAAUAAAUGAUGCAGAUUUAGGAAUAUGUUACUGCUGGUGCCAUCUUGCCUUCUGUAAUCUUUCACAUGUAUAUUAAAGGGGAUUGGUG